AUGUCUACCUCUGAACACUCCCAGAGUGGCAACAACACCCCUAUCAACGACUCUCUUCUUGAAAAGGAAGAGAAGGGUCACCUUCCCACCUUGCCAAAGAGGGCAGCCAAGGACUACAUUUUCAUCUCCUUGUGCUGUUUCCUCGUGGCCUUCGGUGGUUUCGUCUUUGGCUUCGACACCGGUACGAUUUCCGGUUUCGUCAACAUGGACGACUAUCUCAGAAGAUUCGGUCAGCACAACAGCUCUGGCGAGUACUACUUGUCCAAUGUCAGAACUGGUUUGAUUGUGUCCAUUUUCAACGUUGGUUGUGCCAUUGGCGGCAUUCUUUUGUCCAAGUGUGCUGAUUUGUGGGGCAGAAGAGUUGGUCUUAUGAUCUCGAUGGCCAUUUACGUUGUUGGUAUCAUCGUGCAAAUUGCUUCCCAGUAUUCGUGGGUCCAGUACUUCAUUGGGCGUUUGAUCACCGGUGUGGCAGUCGGUAUUGUGUCUGUGGUGUCGCCUCUUUUCAUCGGUGAGUCUUCACCCAAGCACUUGAGAGGCACUCUUGUGUGCUGCUUCCAGCUCUGCAUCACCUUGGGUAUCUUCUUGGGCUACUGUACUAACUACGGUACCAAGCAGUCGUACUCAGACUCUAGAACAUGGAGAAUUCCAUUGGGUCUCUGUUUUGCCUGGGCCAUCAUGUUGGUUUGCGAAAACAGACUUGACGAUGCCAGAAACUCCAUCGCCAGAUCCAACAAGGUUUCUAUUGAGGACCCUGGUGUUUACACUGAGGUGCAGCUCAUCCAGGCUGGCAUUGAUCGUGAGAAGUUGGCCGGUAAGGCUGGCUGGCUCGAGUUGAUCACCGGUAAGCCUAAGAUGCUCUACAGAGUGAUCAUUGGUAUUGUGCUCCAGUCCUUGCAGCAGUUGACCGGUAACUACUUCUUCUACUAUGGUACUACCAUUUUAAGGCUGUCGAAGAUGGGCAGAAGAAUGUGUCUCUUGACUGGUUCCGCGUGCAUGAGUGUGUGUUUCAUCAUCUACUCUGUUCUCGGUUCGGUCAACUUGUACAUUGACGGCUACGAGAACACCCCCAGCAACACCAGAAAACCAACCGGUAAUGCCUUGAUUUUCAUCACCUGUUUGUUCAUUUUCUUCUUUGCCUCGACCUGGGCCGGCGGUGUCUACUGUAUCGUCUCUGAGACAUACCCAUUGAGAAUCAGAUCCAAGGCCAUGUCUGUGGCCACUGCUGCCAACUGGUUGUGGGGCUUUUUGAUCUCCUUCUUCACCCCUUUCAUCACCUCGGCCAUUCACUUCUACUACGAAACAAAGGGGCUUUCUUUGGAGGAAGUUGACGAGUUGUACGCUUCCAACGUUGUCCCAUGGAAAACUGGCUCGUGGACCCCUCCAUCUGUGGAGAACAUGGCCACCACCACCGGAUUCGCCGCUGAGUCCAAGCCUGUCGACGAACAGGUGUAA